GUGAUGAGUUUAAGAAGAUAGAACAGAGGCUAGAGCAUUGAAGAUGAAUUGUUGGGUGGACAGGUGAAUAGUUGAGAGUGCAAUAGUUGAGUGCAGGUGUUGAGUCCUUUAUGUGAUAAGCCAUGUUCUUGCAAGUAAAAUUGGUAGGGCAGGGGAUUUGGUGGCAAGGUGGCAGAAUGUAUUGUUUUGUGAUACUGGUAUGAGGAAUAAGACCAGCUGGGCCAGAGGGAGAUGUUCGUAGAAAGGCAUUAUGAUAAAGUUAAUCUGAUACACAAUCACAGGUUCCUUUUCGCACCUUUCCCAGACUAGUAUCCACCUGUAUUCAAACAUUCGAAGAAGUGAGAAGUGAUGAUCCAAAGGGGUGCCCAUCAGAUGAGGCAGGCUGCUGUGCAACUGAUUUAUCCAUUUUUCAAGCUAUGUAUCCCUGUGGAGCCGGCUUGUUGUCAACAUGAGGAGUUGGUUGGUAUUUUACCCUUAGUUUGGCAAGGGAGGAUGUCUCUUCGAUUGAAUCAGUGCUGGCUGCUGGUUGAAUGAAACCAACCAUACACUCCCCUGCACAACCUCAGCAACUAAGAGCUUUUAAAAAGCCAAGCCUUCUACCAGGUAACAUCUAUGAUCGGUAGACUUGUGCAAGCGUCUGCACUACUGUACGGUAAGCUGCUUGACCAAGAACCAAUCGAAGCCGUCUCAAGUUUCGUGGACAUUUCAAAGGUUUAUGGUUGGUUGCUCAAAGCAGGGACAAUUGGUAUUUUUAACAAUCGGUACCGGUAUGUACCGGUCGGCUCCCCAUAGUUUGAAUAGCUUUCCUGGCUUCUGUAUGGCGCAAGACGAUGUCACGACCUCCACAAGCUUCAAGCACUCUUCGCCGUUGCUUUUCAUUCCGACAAAAAAAGAAAGUUUGAUCACCAAUCAAUCGAUCAGGUGAGUUUUGGCCAGUGUCAAUGUCACGAAUCGAAUCCAUUUGGUCUCGUGCAAGCUAAUGGCCUUCUCCCUCGAUAGCCGCUACCUACGGUACGACCUACCAACGAUUUGAUCAAAUCAUUUGAUCACGUUUUUAAAAUAAUAGAUAGAAGUUAGUCUGACGUCUCUUUCCUGAGUCCUGAAUACGCAAGAGUGCCAAAGAGAAAGUGCUGUGAGCUCUCUUUCUCACGGUGAGAAAGUGCCGUACAUGUAUGGGCGUUUCAGACAACUAGCUACCUGGUGGUACCGUACCGCGGCUAGCUAGCCAGGGAAUCCAUUAUGAAAGGAAAUCCGCCCCACCAAAGCCAGCCGAGAGGUGCUCCGAAAGGUGCGCGGCGCACACCACUCAAGACUAUACUCACGAAUGCGUUACCUGAUAUGGAAGCAAUCAUGAACACAAUGACACUACCACGUAGAGCAAAACGUCAACGAAGAGAGGACAAUGUCGAGGACCAAGCCACACAGGGGCGUAGCCUCAAAGAGGCCUCAUCGGACUCCUGCUGCUCAAACACAAUGCAUUGGGGGUGGUGGCUUGUUCAGCAAAAAACUCAGUUGGAUGGCACUUGGAGUUUCUGUCAUUGUGUUGCUUGAUGUUGGUGUUCAACUAUAUGGAAGUCAGCGACAGCUAUCACACAUGGCUAGCCAAACAGACUUCUCAGUCUAUCUUCCAUCCACCGCGAACUUCACUUCAUACCUUCCAUCAACCAAGGACUUGUUUGGUCUCAUUGAAGAUAUUGAUUUCACGCACCCCAUCACUGUACUUUCGGACACAAAGGAAAAGGAACGUGGGCCUGCAAUUGCUGUGCUCCUUCCAAACCAUGAAGAGGACUUUAUGAAGUUCCAAUCAGCCAUUCUUACCCUGGACGAGAACCUUGCAGACAACCAAGAAACACCUCUCUUGCUCUUCCAGGAAGGAAACAUCUCACCUGAAACACAGAGCUGGAUACAAAACAUGACUAGGAGACCAGUGCACUUCCCUUUCAUUGAUUUUCAAGAAUUCCCAAAGAAUUUCAACUCAAAAAAACGCGGGGGCUUAAACAUGAAGGGUCGUCCAAACCGGUGGGGUUACUGGCAAAUGUGCCGCUUUUGGAUCACAAGGAUAUGGGAACAUCCUGUCCUAGAUGACUACUCUACCAUCAUGCGCAUCGACACUGACUCCUGCUUUUUGAACUCAACUGAAGGGACCCCACUCCCUCGCCUGCCCUCGGGUGAAGACAAGGUUUAUGCAGCACACACUAGCAAUCACCCCGCCUUCUCCACCAAGGGUUUGUAUGAAACUACCCUUGAAUACAUCAAUGCAACCAAUCACACUCCAGUCAACAUGGACAUGUGGAACUCAAUUCCACACUUUAGACGCAGGCGCCGGGCUUUACCAUGCUUCUACAACAACUUUGAAGUCACAUCUGUUGACUUUUUCCGUAGACCUGAUGUCAUGGCCUUCCAGAGACGCAUUACAGAAGAACCUCCUUUUGGUGUCUUCUAUAGCCAAUGGGGAGAUGCUUCUGUUCGAUUCUUGACUGUGGCUCUCUUUGCUCGGCCUGAUCAAAUUGCAUGGGGAUUGAACAAGCAGUAUGGCCAUGCAGGUGAAUGUAAACACCUCUGGGGCAGAGGUUCACUUGCUGGCCAACAGGAGCCCCGCCAAGCCACAAAGGAAGUCAUUCAGUGGCUGGAGAAACACAGCGUGUCUCAAACUACACAUUGUCCAGAAGGCACCAGCAUUGUUGAUGUCACCAAAGUUUUAUCUGCCCCACGAGACAACAGGUUCAAUUGUGACUUUGGACGCACCCUGCCUCCCAUCAACUACUGUGGAAAUAUACUCAGACCUUCUCACCAUCCAUACCGCUGGGAGUGUCGCCUCAAGAAGCGUUUGUUUGAGCGCAUCGACCAAUUUGCACUUCGACAAGCUCCAUUUCUCAUGCUGGACCUCGGUAGUGCCUAUGCUGAUUGGGUAUUGGCUACAGGGAUGUAUGCCCCUCGAAGUCGGCUCGUUCCAAUUGAAGCCAAUGCCGCUCCCUUCAGAAACAUGUACAAGCAUCUCAUGGUAAACCCUGGAUUGGUGGAUCGGGUCCAUGGUCUCAAUGCUGCUGUCAUGUCAAAUGAUCGCUUUCCCAAUGAAGCCAAAUCGCCACCACUAGUAUCGGACAAUGCAUGGAAGGGACCUGUGCUCUGUGACGACGGGACAGACAAAGCAGGAGUGAUGGACACUGUCACUACCAAAGCAGAUUCUUGUACCACAGCAGAACUACGCGUUCCCAUUGUCACUAUUGACAUGGUCGUUUCAGCACACACCCGAGGCACCCUUUUCUUUAUGAAGAUUGACUUGGAAGGAGCCGAAUACGAAUCUCUCAGAGGAGGCAAUGCUACCUUUUCGGACCCUGACAGUCGUCCAUGCAUUGUGAUUAUUGAACUGAAAGUGAAUGUAGACAAACCAUACAAGGAGGCCUUUGAUUUCAUGGUGGCAAUGGGCUAUACAGACUACGAGGACCUUGACUCUGGCAUCACGGGAGCAGACUCGUGGCCACCAAGAGGCCUGUUGUUUGGAAAUGAAGGCAACUACGAGUUCCGGUUGCCAAAGGCGGAGCUGGACUUUUGUACAAUGCGAGUUCUACGAGAGUCACAACAAAUGAUGGACUAGCAUGGUGGGUUUCCUGCUGUGGGUAUGCUAGCUAUCAUAGUGCCCACGAUUAAGCAGCUACUAGUGCUCAACGUUUGGCUACGUUUGUUCUCUGUUUCGUUGUACGGCACCGCCACCAAGGCCAACAGAGAAGGGGGACACAAAGAGGCGUAGAAAACACACUCGUUCGAUCAUCGAGCAAACCUGCACCGACGCCUCGGGUUUCAUUCUGUCUUUUUUGUUUCACACAUCAAUCGUUUUCCUUUUCGCGGUGAUAUGGUUGGUUAAUCAAUCAAGUAGUAGCAAAACUGGCAACUAUUGGA